CAACUAUUAUAGUUAGCCAUAUAGGAACUCUGUUUCUCUGAUACAGAACUACAGUACCCAAGCCCGAACUGGCUUAACCUCAAUCUUUGCAACAUUUUGUGUGGUUUUCUGCAAGACAAAAGGAUCUGUAUUUUUCUGCUUGUCUUCAAUCAAGAUGAAGUUGCUUCUAGUUGUUACUGCUUUUUUGGCUGUGACCAGCUGUGCCAGCAUCUCUCUUGGAGAUCUGGAGUUUCAUGCAUGGAAGCUCAAGUUUGAAAAGUCCUAUGACUCUCCAUCAGAGGAGGCUCAUCGGAAGCAGAUCUGGCUCAACAACCGUGAAUUUGUGCUAAUUCACAACAUAUUAGCAGACCAGGGUUUCAAGUCAUACCGCCUCGGUAUGACCUACUUUGCUGACAUGGAAAAUGAGGAAUACAAGCACCUGAUUUCCCAGGGCUGCCUUGGUUCCCUCAAUGUUUCCUUGCCUCACAAUGGUUCUGCGUUUCUCCGGCUACCUGAAGAUAUUGAUCUGCCCGACACUGUUGACUGGAGAGAAAAGGGAUAUGUCACUGAUGUCAAGGAUCAGAAGAAGUGUGGCUCCUGCUGGGCCUUCAGUGCAACUGGUGCACUGGAGGGUCAGCACUUCAGGAAGACAGGAAAAUUGGUGUCUCUGAGUGAACAGCAGUUGGUGGACUGCUCUCGCAGCUUUGGGAACCACGGCUGCCAAGGAGGCUUGUCAUACCAGGCUUUUCACUACAUUAUAUACAAUGGAGGAAUUGACACUGAGGCGUCCUACCCUUAUGAGGCUAGGGAUGGACUAUGCCGUUACAACCCCAAUGCUAUUGGUGCCAAAUGCACUAGCUAUGUUCAUGUGAGUAACUCUGAUGAAGCUGCACUGAAGUCUGCUGUGGCUACCUUUGGACCGAUAUCUGUGUCCAUUGAUGCUUCUCAUCGAUCGUUUCAACUCUACCAUUCAGGAUUGUAUGAUGAGCCGGCCUGCAGCAGCACACGUUUGGGCCAUGCUGUGCUGCUUGUAGGUUAUGGUACUUUGACUGGACACGACUACUGGCUGGUCAAGAACAGCUGGGGACUUGGAUGGGGAGAGAUGGGAUACAUUAAGAUGAGCAGGAACAAGUACAACCAGUGUGGGAUUGCCACUCGAGGAAUCUGCCCUCUGGUCUAAUGAGGUGGGAGUAAACGCAUCCUCAUUUUGUCCUUAUUUGACAAACAAUUACUUAAAAUACCAUUUAAGCAUAUGUAACUUCUGAUAAUCAAACGGUAUGUUUUUACAGUACACUACAGCUUACUAUAGGAUCGUGGUUAUGGGUAUUAGUUUUUUAGUUUUAUCUAAAUUAACUGAGUUAUAAGACAGUAUCUUUUUUAUGGUGUCAACCAGUCUCUCUUUUCCCAAAACUGCAAUUCACAUUGAGAUAUAAACAUUUACAUUUGCGUUUUUACUGUAGUGGUGGGUAUGACUUAAUAACCAUCUUGUGAUGUUACCAUUAGAACUAUUAAUCCGUUGAUCAAUCAGCUUUAUUCAGAAAGAGAACCUCAGCCCUUGUGGGAUGCAUUUCUAUCCAGUUUUCUGCAGAUCUUUGUGUUUAAUCCAGAAUAAAGCAGAUUUACUGAAUAUCUGCUGGCUUUUUCUGUAGAGUUGUCAGUGACAGUUUUGUUUCAUUUAGAAAUGUUUAAAUACUUAUUAAUACCAAUGAAAUGAUAUUGCUGAAUAAUGCACCUUUUGCUGGUCCUUCCUUAUCAGGUGUGUGAGUGGGUGGAUUUACUAUGUUAACAAUAUUAAAUCAUUGGUAAAAUGUAUCAGUCAAAUCAAAUUAUGUACUGCUGAUACAUUUCUCUAAAAUCCAUGUGGGUUUUCAACAUUUAUUUGGUAUUUCAUGGAUUCCAAUUGAGUUCCCAUUGGCUCAACUUUGAGAGUCACCAAUAUGUAUAAAUAGCAUAUCAUUACACUUAAGCAAAUUAAUUACAUGCUAUUUGUUGUGGAAAAUAAAACCAAACUGAUUUUCUGGGAUUUAUUGAAAGAAUCCAUCACUCCAGCACAAACAAGGCUCAUACCAUGAUUUUAAGUUGUUUUAAGUUGUAAAUCAGUCAGAUUUGACCCAAACACGACAGGAAGGUUAAAGCUUCUGUUAAAAUGUUCAGCAAUGCUUGAUUUAAUCUUGCUUGAUGUUGAGAAAUGUGUGAUAUAUCAUGCCAUUAACCAUUGAAAAUGUUUAUUAAAAAACUCCUUACCUUCACCUGUCCCUCCCUCAGAAUAUCCUCAAGCGCUGAUGCAAUAGCUGAUCCUGUCUGUUUUCGGAGGGAGAAACAUUUUGUCGCUCAUCCAAGUGACUUCUUGGAAAAGUCACUAUAACAAGUAUGAUUCAAUGCAGAGAGGU